AUGGACGUGGCAUCAACUUUAGAAAAAUAUACACAAGAUUUAUCUAAUUUACCAUUAGAAGUACAACAUCUACUACAAGAGAUUAAAAAUAAAGAUGCUGAAUUAGUUGAAGCUCGAAAAAGAUACAUGUCUAAAGAUCAUCAAUUAUUUAAAUUCAUACGACAAAAUGGAACAAUGACGAAAAAUCCCAAGGAAUCACAACUAUAUCUGAAAAUAGAAGAGGAUAUGAACUUAGUUGAUAAUUUACAACAAGAGAAAAUAUUAUUAGCCAAUUCUACAUUAUUUUUGAUAACUAAAAAUCUAUACAAUCUUGAAAAGGAUAUCAAAGUUUUAGAAAAUGAGGAUUUGAUACCUCCAGACACUGGAGAAAUUGAGAUCAUGAAAGAAGAAUACAACUCAUCAAGUUAUACUCCUUCUCCAGGUUUCGUAAAUGAACUUAUACAACCACCAGCUACAGUUCAAAAGAAAGUUCGUAAACGAAAUCUUAAAUCUCCUCCAGUUAUGGAUAGUGGAUCACUCAUGCUUAAUGAAAAACCAGAUGAGGAUAAUAAUUUAUACUGUUUUUGUCAACGAGUUUCUUUUGGUGAGAUGAUUGGUUGUGAUAAUGAAAAUUGUAAAUAUGAAUGGUUUCAUUGGAGUUGUGUAGGGAUUACUAGUCCUCCAAAAGAUGAUGAAGUUUGGUAUUGUCCUGAUUGUAGUACUAAAUUUAAAAAACAAAAAAAGAGAUGA